AUGAAAAUCCAUCACCUCAUCAAUAUUUCUCACUAUUUGCUCCUUUCGUUGUGCUUAUUGGGUAUUGGACUUGCAAGUACUGCUGUGAAACCGAAAUCAAUAUGCAUUGAGGAAGAAAGGAAAGCACUUGUGAGCUUCAAACAAGAUCUUACUGAUCCCUCUGGUAGGCUUUCUUCUUGGGCGGGUCAUGAUUGCUGCCGCUGGGAAGGGAUUUCAUGCGACAACCGCACCGGUCAUGUUUCCCAAAUGGAUCUCCGCAAUCCAUAUCCAUAUGUCCAGUGGUAUGAUGAAGAGUGGGACGAGUUGGCUUAUAACAAGUCUUGCUUGGGGGGUAAGAUAAAUCCUUCUUUGCUUAGCUUGAAACACUUGCAUUACCUGGACUUAAGUUGCAAUGGUUUUGAAGGGAUCCGCAUUCCUAACUUCUUUGGAGAGCUUAAAACUCUGAGGUAUCUCAACAUCUCCUCUGCAAACUUUGCAGGAGAGAUUCCCCCUUCUCUUGGUAACUUAUCAAACUUGAACUAUCUUGAUGCCAGUGCUUCAUAUCAACUCUCUUCCAAAAACUUGAAUUGGCUUUCUCAUCUCUCUUCUCUAAAAUACCUCAAUCUCGAUACAGUGUAUCUUCAUAGCAACACAAAUUGGCUGCAUGUUGUUAACAUGCUUCCUUCCUUACUGGAGUUACACUUAUCUGGUUGCGGAUUAGCAAGCCAUCCACUAUCUCUACAGAGGAUUAACUUCACCUCACUUUCGGUCCUUGAUCUUUCAGCUAAUGAUUUCAAUACUUCUUCAUUUCCCAGCUGGAUUUUCAAUCUUACUAGCCUCAAAAGACUUGAUCUAGGAUGGAAUUCUUUCAGUGCUCAUUUUCCAAAUGAAUUUGGUAACCUCAAAUCUCUUGAAUACCUAGAUUUAUAUUAUUUGGGGCUCAAAGAUAGUGGAGUUCCCAGAGUCCUUGGAAACUUAUGCAAGCUAAAGACAUUAAAUCUUGGGUGGAACAAUUUUAGUGGUGGGGGGAUUGAAGAGUUUUGGGGGAGUUUGUCAAAUUGUCCAAAUAAUACACUAGUAUUAGAGUCACUAGAUUUGUCUAGUUGCGGGCUGGAAGGCCAAUUGCCGGCCUCCUUUGGAAUGUUAAAAAGUUUGCAGUAUUUGGACCUCUCUGGUAAUCAAAUGAACGGGUCCAUUCCACAAAGUCUGGGACAACUCUCCGAGCUAAUUAACCUCUUUCUAUCUGGGAAUUCUUGGGAAGGCAAUGUAACGGAAGCCCAUUUCAUUAAUCUCACCAACUUGAAAGGGCUUUCAAUAGGCACCGAUUCAGAUGACAUACAAAAGCCCAUGUCCCUUGUUUUCAACGUGUCUUAUGAUUGGGUUCCUCCUUUCAAGCUCCACUCAAUUAAUAUUUUCAACUGUAAAGUAGGUCUUGGUUUUGGGGUAUGGCUUCAAUCUCAGACUGAACUGGCACAUGUCACCCUAAGUAGAACUGGAAUAUCAGAUUCUAUACCUGAGGAAUGGUUGUUGAAGCUGUCUUCCAAACUCAUACGGUUGGAUUUAUCUUACAACCAAUUUCGAGGUAGGCUUUCAUCAAACAAAUUGAUGAGAUUUCCGAAUUUAGGAAGAAUAAGUUUGGAUCAUAAUCAAUUUGAGGGACCACUCCCACUAUGGUCCACUAAUGCAUCUUUCUUUGAUCUUGAAAGCAAUUUAUUUUCCGGGCCAAUCCCCUCCAAUUUUGACAAGCUGAUGCCCAAAUUGGAAGAAUUGUAUCUUUCGGAGAAUUAUUUGAAUGGUACAAUUCCACCUUCUAUUUGCAACAUGCAAAACCUGACAGUCCUUUUCCUGAGGAGCAAUAAUUUUUCUGGAAAAUUCCCUCACGCAUGGAGUUCGAGGAGCCAGAUAACCUUUGUAGAUGCUGCCUACAACAAUCUCUCUGGUAAUAUUCCCACUUCAAUGGGAGAAUUAAGUUCUCUUGAAAUAUUGAAGCUCAACAACAACAAUUUUGGCGGUAAGAUUCCCAAUUCUUUGCACAAUUGCUCUGUUUUGAAAAGUAUCGAUCUUGGAGACAACAAAUUAUCUGGGAGCAUACCUCCAUGGAUAGGAGGAUCAAAUGUAUCCAAGUUGUACAUGCUACGAUUGCGAUCCAACUUUUUUACUGGACAAAUUCCCAGACAAUUGUGCAAUCUUGGCAACCUUCACAUCCUCGACCUCAGCCACAACAACUUUUCAGGUACUAUUCCCAGCUGUUUCAAUAAUUUGACUUCUCUCGUUCGUGAUGUUUCCAACAUAUUCCAAGAUGACUAUCAGGAGCCAACCAUGCUGACAUUAAAAGGACAAGAACUCGUGUAUAACACCACAAUAAUGUUAGUAAAGAGCAUUAUUGAUCUUUCGGAGAACUAUUUGAAUGGUACAAUUCCACCUUCUAUUUGCGACAUGCAAUACCUGCAAGUCCUUUCCCUACGGAGCAAUCAUUUUUCUGGAGAAUUCCCUCACGCAUGGAGUUUGGGGAGCCAAAUAAGGAUUGUAGAUGCUGCCUACAACAAUCUCUCUGGUAAUAUUCCCACUUCAAUGGGAGAAUUAAGUUCUCUUGAAAUAUUGAAGCUCAACAACAACAAUUUUGGCGGUAAGAUUCCCGAUUCUUUGCACAAUUGCUCUGUUUUGAAAAGUAUCGAUCUUGGAGACAACAAAUUAUCUGGGAGCAUACCUCCAUGGAUAGGAGGAUCAAAUGUAUCCAAGUUGUACAUGCUACGAUUGCGAUCCAACUUUUUUACUGGACAAAUUCCCCGACAAUUGUGCAAUCUUAGCUACCUUAAAAUCCUCGACCUCAGCCACAACAACUUUUCCGGUACUAUUCCCAAAUGUUUCAAUAAUCUGACUUCUCUCAUUCGUAAUGUUUCCGACAUAUUCCAAGAUGACUAUCAGGAGCCAACCAUGCUGACAUUAAAAGGACAAGAACUCGUGUAUAACACUACUCUGAUGUUGGUAAAGAGCAUUGAUCUUUCAUCAAAUUUUUUGGAAGGUGAAAUCCCCCAAGAGAUAUGUAGCCUCACUUUAUUGGGUACCUUGAACUUGUCCAGGAAUCAGUUGACUGGUAACAUCCCCUCAAUUGUUGGAAGUAUGCAUAUGCUCGAAACUCUUGAUUUCUCACACAACCAUCUUUCAGGACAUAUUCCUCAAAGCCUUGCUUCCUUAACAUUUUUGUCCCACUUGAAUUUGUCUUAUAACAACUUGGUGGGAAGAAUUCCUUUGGGCAGCCAACUUCAAACGCUCGGUGAUUCCUCCAUUUAUAUGGGUAAUCCAUCACUGUGUGGGGUUCCUCUUCCAAAGUGUCCGGGUGAUGACACUUUCACUGCUACAAAUGCAAAACAUAUUAAUGAAGAUGGAAAUGAUAAUGGAGCGUUGUGGUUCUAUGUCAGCAUGAUCCUUGGCUUUAUCGUUGGAUUUUGGGGUGUUUGUGGCACAUUACUCCUGAAGAAAUCAUGGAGGUAUGCUUAUUUUCGAUUUUUUGAUGACACCAAAGAUAAGGUAACACUAGCAAUUGCGUUGAAAGUGGCUCGUUUGCAAAGAAAGUUUUGUCAUGUUUAA